CACAUAUGUGGUUGCCAUCUCCCACAUCUAAUCUCUCAUAGACACUUUCUUGCAUAGCCUGCCACAAACCACAAUAAAAAAUAGAACAUAGAGUCAAAUAGUCAUUUUUGGGAACCAUGAAUAUACAACAACACCUUAAAGGCUUUUAUAGGCUUCUAAUAUUGGUAGCUCAACUUGACCGAAUGAUGGGUAUUUUCUGCAAGACAAACAUAAUUCCAUAUUUUCUGCAAGACAAACAGAAUUCCAAAUCUGGCAGAAACACAUCAAACGCUUUAGUCUGACCAAGUAUAUCCCAUAAUUGAGUUCCAUUUCAGUUUAUAUUGACGCUUUCAAUUACAGAAACACAAACAAUGUAUAUGUGAAUUUAAUUAAGGACAUUACAUAGUGACAUCAUAGUUUCCUUCUUUUCAAUUCCUUUUUUUCAACCAUCACUGAUUGUAUAUGGCCACCAACUAAAAAUAGGUCAAACAAAUUCGAUCCAAGAAAGUCCAUACAUAUGAAAAGGUUUAAAAAGGACGCAAAGGAACUCCCUACAGAAGCUAGUACUGGGCGUUGGCAGCUGAUAUUGUAAUACCGAAGCAAGAAGCGGAAAGCAAAUGCCUUUUAAAACUCAAGCUAUCAUCUUGGACCUUAUCACCCUACAGGCGACACAUGUUGGAUGGCUCAUUCAAAAUAUGAUUGCACAAAACCACGAAGAACAAAAUCUAAUUAAACCUAAUAUCUCAAGAAUCCUUCAAGUACAUCGAGAAGCAAGGGAUUGGUACCCACAUACCUUUUGAGAUCACACCCAUUCUCGCUACUGAAUUCUUGUAAUUCUGCUCUCCAUCUGCAAUGAAAAUUGAGCACAAUUCAUAGCUUACAAGUUUGAAACAAAAGAGACUAAAACGAAAAUGCAAGAUCUGAAACAUAUUGAAGAGACAAUAAAAGUUACUCGAAAACCUUGUGGGACCUCACAAAAAGUCUGACAACUUCCCUAACUGUGGGAGUCUAAACUGGCAGCAAAAAAGGCAUUGUCGUUGUCUCUCAUGUCAACAUUUAAGUCUAAAUCCAAAUUGGAUCAGAGAGAGUGUAUACCAUCCUAACAACACUACAUAGAUGACCCUCUAAAUGCAGUCUCUCUUGAAAACUUCACGGAGAUUUACUAAUUUAGUGUGGAAGGAACUUGUACAAACAUACAUGGAACGAUGCCUGUGACAACCCCACCAGGAGCCAGCAAGCAUAAAUGCUGCUACUGGGAGGAUAAUCGUGCACAUAUCAUUUGAACGGAAUGUUGAUGCAGAAAAAGCAAAAAGAUGUAGAAUAGACUGACAGUUCGUUCACCAUCAGCGACUACAGGAUCCUCUGCCGAGUAGGAAAAUCUGCGAUGGCGAUAUAUUUGACCGUGUUGGCCCAAUAUUUCCUGGCAUCAGAAAUGGAACUAACCAAACAACCCCCUACCGAAAGAAAGAGAAACAAAUGAUACAAUUAGAGUAUGAAACUGAAUACAAAGCAAAGGAAAAUAGAAUUCUGUAACAUGACAAUAAGUAGACACAUAAAAAUAGAAGCCAACUAAAAGGCAUUACUCGCACCGUCAACGGUCAAAAUUACAGGCAAACAACGGUUAGAAUGGUGCUGAAACUACCAAGAAUCAUGAACUAAACAACUUGUCAAAUUAAUUAAUACUUACUCUGAAACUACCUCCUCGCCUGAAAUAAGGAAUGAGCGCAAUUCAUAGCUCUUACAUGCCGUCCGAAUGUAAGGUUUCAGACGCCGUCCGAUGCCGGAUAUCGGACGCUGUCCGAUGCCGGAUAUCGGAUGUCGUCCGAACUCAGGCGUCGGACCGCGGCUUCUGGUCCAAUGGAGCUUCUACCUUCUCCCUCCCCUUUCUGUUAUUAUUUUCAGUCUGUGCUGGGUUUGGGUUAGGGAACAAAGAAGACGAUGAUGAUGGUGAACGCCGAGUCGACGCCAAGGAUAGGAAACGAUGAAGAUGAUUAUGCGAAGACGGGCGAAGGAUGAAGAUGACGAUUCGAUCACAGGCAGAGGCGAUGAGAAGGCUAGCUAGCUAACGGAAUAUCUUUGUGGUAGGGUGGUUUGCGGUCGGCGACAAACUUCUCCGACGUGUAGGAGGUAAGCUUCGGCGGCUGCGAGUUGGUUUGUGGGUACAGGGUUUCCAAAGGGCAAGAUGUAAAAGGGGUAAAAAUGUAAUUUUUGCUUAAAUUAUGGGCGGCAAAUAGUAAAUAUACGGGCGGCAAAUAGCAGUUCAUAUAAAUAACCCACCAAAGUCACUUCUCUUCAUUUAUAAAAUAGGGAAAGAGAGAGUGAAAUAAGGGAACUAUGGGAGAGGAAAAAAGAUAAGUGUAAAAU